UCUAACGCCUUCAGGAUUCUCCUCGCAAAAUAGUGGCAUACUCAUACUCUUGCUUAUAUUUCGCAUAUGACAUAGUUAAAGUUCGUGAUUGGUGGUGACGCUACCACGUAAUCUGUGUCUUCAUACAUCCCAUCUCCAUCAGCAUCAUCAUCUCUCUCUGCAGAUGGGCAACAUCAAGUUGAAUCCCUUGGAUAUUCCAGAAAUCAUCUCACUCGUUGGCAGCUCCCUCAGUAGAAAAGACCUUCUGGCCUGUAUCCGUGUCUCGAGGACUUUUCAAAGUGCACUUAUCAGAUUCAUAUGGAAGUCAAUCACUGUCAAACUCCUUGUGAAAUCCAAAUUCAGAUACCCCAUUGGCGAAGCACUGCAGAACAACAAGAAGUACAUUGAAGAAAUUCUAUUUGCAGGCGAUUUCCCAAAGGAGUAUGAGUCGUUGCAGGGAUGCACUCGCCUCCAGUACAUCAGAUACAUAAGAGCAUUGGAGCAAAAGCCAACUGGGUUUUGCAACUUCAUCAAGGCACACAAUUCCACCAUCACCAAGCUUUACUUGGGUAAUCCUUUAUCUUCACAAGAGCUUUGGGAGGCAGUGCUAGGAUGCGCUAAUCUCGAGCGUUUAGAAUUGUCUCGGAUACACUUCUAUGAGGCAACUGACCUGUUCUUUCUGCUCUGCAAGAAAGUUAGGCACCUGCGCCUGGAUAGGAUAUUCAUAAACCAGCUACCUACCAACUUCCUGAGUAAUGAGGCCAGCGGAUACUUUUUCCCAAACAUUCGCACACUAAAUAUGAAAGAUGUCAAGAUAAUCAACCCUCCACAUCCGUGCACGUCAUCAUAUUGCUUCGGCAUGUUAGUCAGGAGAUGCCCAGGAUUGUGUGCGCUGGAAUUUCUCGACGGCGCCGAGCUUACGGAAGAUGAACAACCAGCCCACAGUGGCUUCUACAGGGCGGCUUUCCUUCAGCAUCCCUGGACGCUAGCAAGUUUAUCUGAUUUAUCUAUUCCUUACUUGAACAUAGAAGAUGAGGAUAUGGCAGUACUUCUCAAACAGAUGGCUGAAUUAAAACGGUUAAAUGUUCCAGCUUGUGAGUUCGGCCAGCUUUCCCUGAAGGAAUUACUAGCGGACAAGCAAAGUAUGCAGGAUAAUGGACAGAUGGUACAAAAAGCGAGGCUGCGGAGGCUCUGCGAGACAGUUGAGGAUUUGGUGCUCAGGGGGUAUAGUCGUGGCAUUGCUCAAGCUAUUUUAUCAAAUUGCCCACGACUGAAGCGCCUGACGGGACUUUUAAUAACAGUGACAGAGAUUGCCAAUAGAGCAGAAUAGGUGAGCACUGAACUGGGCCACUUGGUUCUCUAUCUUGAGGCAGACGUUGAUCAAGAGACCGCAGAAGGCAUGGCAAGGUCACGGAUUGUGUUCAGACAACUAGGGAAAUUGACCCAACUACAACAUCUUAACUUAACGCGGUGGAGCCCAAGGAAUGAUGGAGGAAGGACACUGGACUUGAGGCUAAGAGCAGGUCUAGAUGAGCUAGCCAACCUGAAGAGACUGAGUCGGCUCGAGUUCGUAGAUAGCGGUCGCUAUCGAAUGCAACUUGAGGAUGCGACAUGGAUCGUGAACAAUUGGCCAAACAUCAGACUCAUUCGAUGCAACAUGAACACUGAGCAAAAUGAGGAUGGCCAUAAUUUGGGUUCUGAUUUACUUAAGGCGCACGGUAUAAAUAUUGACAACUAGACUGAAGAAGUAAAUAAAUCUAUUGC